CCUUAAUCGUGUCUCUCGCCAUCCACCUCGCCUGCUGUAAUCCUCUGCUCUCCACGACAGCGCUCAAAACACUACUGUAGGCCGUCUUGCAUGGUGGAGAGUUACGCACUCAUUCUCUCCGUCUCACUGCUGUAGGCGGCAUUCUAGCGAGCAUGGCGACCAUCCUUCGCCGCUCCCCCAAUCUGGCUCGGUCAUCGCGGCAGAUCGUAGAAGCCGCUUCACUAUCACAGACUCUUGCACGGAGACCGGCCAGCCUGCCGCGACCACUAUAUGCAUACGCGCGGAGUCGAAAGUACGCAACACAGCCGGAAGGCCAAAAGGAAGAUGGCAAGAAGCUCGACAAGACGCCUGGCGCUGCACCUAAAGGCAUGGAACAUUUGUACAGCCAGCAGUCGCCCAUGUCGCCCGGACAGCCACAACCGCCCAACAAGCAAGACGGCGACGACACGCCUCUACCCGGUCGCUCAAAGUUGAGCGUGCAGGAGGAGAAAGCGCUGGAAGAUGUGUUUGCGCUGGUCAAGAAAGGCAUGCCUAGCUCUAUGGCUGAAGACAUCGACAAGGCACUGCAACGGAUCAAACGAGAAGGCAUGCCCACUGAGCUGCGUGACACCAUCAAAGAGACGCGCGAAGAGGGCAUGAGUCCCGCACGAGCUGCCAAGCUCUGGCGGCUGACGACGCAGAUGGCACGACACACCGUCGAGAGCGAAAGAAAAGAUACCGAGAGCGAGGCGCCGAAGCAGCAAACGACUGAAGAGCCAGGCCCAGGAACCAAGAAGGAUGACGGUAAGAACAAGAAGAAGAAAACGGACGAAAUGUUCAGCGGUGUCACUGAGAUACGCUUCGACUUGAGCAACUUCCUGUUAUCCUCGUUUGUGGCUUACCUCCUUUACCGAUUGGUGGUGCCCACGGAGAACAGCCGCGAGAUUACGUGGCAAGAAUUCCGCAACACCUUUCUUGACAAGGGCCUUGUGGAGAAGCUGGUCGUCAUCAAUGCUAACCGAGUCAGAGUACAUUUGCACCGUGAUAGCGUCGCAAGCAUGUACCCAGACUCUCCAGCUGCGCAUGCGGGCUUUUACUACUACUUCUCGAUCGGCUCUGUCGAAGCCUUUGAACGAAGAGUGGAAGAGGCGCAGAACCAGCUCGAGAUCCCAACAUCUGAAAGGAUACCGAUCUCCUAUCACGAGGAAGGAAGCUGGUUCAACACUGUCCUUGCCUUCGGUCCAACGCUGCUUUUCAUUGGAGCGAUUUUUUAUCUCUCUCGACGGGCGGCCUCAGGCGCCGGUGGCGGUCAGGGCGGCAUCUUUGGCAUGGGACGCAGUCGAGCCAAGAAGUUCAACCAUGAAACUGACAUCAAAGUCAAGUUCUCGGACGUGGCGGGUGCUGACGAAGCGAAGACCGAAAUCAUGGAAUUCGUCAGUUUCCUCAAAGAGCCUGGCAUCUACCAAAAGCUCGGCGCGAAGAUCCCACGAGGAGCGAUUCUCUCUGGACCGCCUGGUACUGGUAAGACUUUGCUCGCCAAGGCCACUGCAGGCGAGAGUGGCGUGCCUUUCUUCUCCGUGUCCGGUUCUGAGUUUGUGGAAAUGUUCGUCGGUGUUGGUCCGAGCAGAGUGAGAGAUCUUUUCGCAAAUGCCAGAAAGAACACGCCCUGCAUCAUCUUCAUUGACGAAAUCGACGCGAUUGGCAAGGCGCGAGCAAAGCAGUCAUUUGGAGGUGGCAAUGAUGAACGUGAGAGUACUUUGAAUCAAAUCUUGACGGAGAUGGACGGCUUCAACACCUCCGAUCAGGUGGUCGUGCUUGCGGGUACUAAUCGCGCCGACGUCCUUGACAAGGCACUGAUGCGUCCGGGACGCUUCGAUCGCCAUAUUCGAAUCGACCCGCCAACAUUGGAUGGUAGGAAGCAGAUUUUCGACGUGCAUCUCAAGAAGGUCGUCACUCACGAGGAUCUGGAACAUCUUAAAGGCCGACUCGCUGCGCUCACACCCGGCUUCUCUGGCGCGGAUAUUGCCAACUGUGUUAACGAGGCUGCGCUCGUCGCCGCCCGCGAAGGGGUUGAAAGCGUGAAAAUGAUACACUUCGAGAAGGCUAUUGAGCGUGUAAUUGGCGGACUUGAGAGGAAGAGUAUGGUCAUCACGCCAGACGAGAAGAAGACGAUCGCUUACCACGAAGCUGGCCAUGCCAUCUGUGGUUGGUACUUCCAAUGGGCCGAUCCACUGCUCAAGGUUUCCAUCAUUCCACGUGGAAACGCGCUAGGUUAUGCGCAGUAUCUGCCUGGUGGCGGAAUGGACCAAGCACUCAUGAACUUCAACCAGAUGAUGGAUCGCAUGGCCAUGACGCUGGGUGGGCGUGUCUCGGAAGAGCUGCACUUCCCAACGGUCACUUCCGGAGCCAGCGACGACUUCAACAAAGUCACCCGAAUGGCGACAAGUAUGGUCACGAAGUGGGGUAUGAGCCCGAAGAUUGGCUACCUAUACUACCCAGAUGCUGGUGAGACUUCGGAAACGCAACUGCAGAAGCCGUUCUCCGAGCAGACAGCACAGGCCAUUGAUGCUGAGGUCAAGCGCAUCGUCGACGAAGCGUACACGCAGUGCCGGCAGCUCUUAACGGAAAAGAAGAAAGAAGUCGGUCUUGUUGCCGAGGAACUUUUGGCCAAGGAAGCGUUGAGUCGAGACGAUUUGGUCCGCAUACUGGGACCACGACCGUGGGAAGACAAAGGAGAGUUCAGUAGAUACUUCGGCGGCCAAGGUGAAGGUGGACCGAUGGGUGGUGCGCCCAAGCCUACUGCUCCCGGCCCGAACGGGCCUGAGCCUGGCGAGGGCGGUGGACCGGGCAACCUGCCGCCGGGUUUAGGCAGGGGGUCUGAGGAGCCUGCACCGACCCUGUAUAAGAGCUUCGAGGAGAUGAGCCGACGUUGGUGA